GCGCUGGCGUCAACAAAACAUACUUACAUUGUCUCCGUAUUUAAAAUCGAAUUAUAAUUGAAAUAGUAGAAAUAUUCGCAAUUCACAGUGUUAUCCUCAGAGUUAAAUGUGUAAAUUUGUAGUUAAAAGUGUUAUAUCGACUGAAACUUAACAUAUUAUUAAGAAGUAAUCGUGAUAAAAACCGCUUGCAAUUAAGUGAAUCAGCUGUUGUGGCAAGUUUGUCUGUCAUUAGUGAUCUUGCUACGCGAUUAGCGACUUAAUAACUACAGUGUGCCGGGUCAAUUUCGCGUGAACUGUCUUCAAGUGAUUUGUUGUUCAACCGCCAGUUUAUUCGUAUUUUGUUCCUGCGUUUUCAACAUUUAUUACAACCAAAAGGGCCGAAAAUGCCUCGAAAUAUUGAGUGCGGCAGUGGGUGCGGACGUCCCGUGACCAGGCAAUCCCUCAUGCAGUGUCAUCUCUGUAAAUCCUCGUACCACUGUGAAUGUCUCAAUAUAAAUUUGCACCAACUCGCAACAAUGUCUAAGGAGUACCUGGCCUCCUGGCAGUGCCCUGCUUGCUCCAAUGUUUCAAAUCGUCACAGAGGGAACCGAGAAAAUACCCCUGUACGCAGUUCUGUAAUCCCCUCUGUGGAAGAAACCGCCUCACUACCACAACAAAAUCGUACUAAUGCAGACCAAGACUGGCGUGCUUUCACGCAAGAGCUCCAAUUAAUGCUUAAUGGGUGGCGUAAUGAAAUUGAUAAUUCUUUAAGUCAAAUUAGUAACGACAUCAAAAGCGCUUUAUCCGAUAUGAAGCAUGAAAUUCAGACUUUGAGGACAGAUCAAAACAACUUGAAGAGCGGCUUCACCAAUCUAUCUCAAGAAGUUGCCGAGCUGAAAUCAUCUACUCAAUACUUAUCAAAGCAAAACGAAGACCUAGAAAAAAAAGUUCACACCCUCGAAGGUCACAAAAAAGACGCGCAGGAAUCUCAUAGCCUUGUCUCAACCCUCGAGUAUAAAAUCGACUGCCUGGAACAGCAAGCCAGGCAGUGCAACGUCGAGAUCGUCAACGUCCCCGAGAAGAAAAAUGAAAACCUCAUAACAAUACUGGAUGCGAUAGGCUCUGUUAUUAAAUACCCUAUCCAACAAAAAGAUGUCGUCUCUAUCCACCGGGUACCCCACGCUCAUCAGCAAAACAAUAAACCAAAAAACGUAAUCGUCAAAUUUUCAGCUCGCUCCGUUAGAGAUAAUGUGUUAAGCGCAUAUCGUAAAAUGAAAAAGGUAAGAAGCGAUCAAAUAGGAAUCUCGGGACACUCGCAAGAUAUAUACCUAAACGAACACCUCACGUUAAAAAAUAAAACUCUUUUUCGUCAGUGCCGUGAGGAAGCUAAAAAAUGUAAUUAUAAAUACGUGUGGGUUAAGAAUGCCACAAUACUCGUCAGACAAAACGACAAUUCUCCAGCGUUUGCUGUACGAUCUUGUAAUGACUUUGUUAAAUUUAAAUGUUCUCUCACCCGAAUGGAAACUUAAAAACCUAUUGUAUGGACUAAUUGACACUAACUCUUUCUCAUUUUCUUUAAUGUAUUGUAUGUAUUUUUUAACAGUGAACUUUUGUUUUUGUUUUCAUUUAUACUAUUACAUAUUCAGGGUAACUCAACUUUUUAAUAAAUAUGUGGUCACAUGUGCUACUUAUUACAAAACUGCAAAUAAAGGCUUUAUUCGUAUUACAAUAACGCUCGUUUUCCUAAGUCAACCGGACAUGAGUAUUCGUAAACAUGCAAUACUGUUGCCUAAGCUAUGUCACCUUACGAGUACAUAUCUCUCAAUACCUACAACUAUUGUAAUUAUACUUGCAAUAUUAUAUCUUAAAAAAUAUAACACCCGCUUUAAUAUACUAUGUAAUAUCAACUUAUUGAUUUACUUUACUCAUUUUAGCAUAAUUCUUUUACUAAUGUGUAUUUAUUACCGACGGCAUAGCAGUGUGUAACAGAAAUAUAAUAAUGUACUAUCAGAACUGUGGGGGUAUACGUAGUAAACUACAGACUCUGUACAUGAAUAUUCUAUCGAAUUCGUAUGACAUUAUAAUCCUAACCGAAACCUGGCUGGUACCCGAGAUCAAUGAUAGUGAAUUCAUUGACCAGCGGUACGUAGUGUUUCGGUGUGAUCGCGAUCGCGCGGCUACUAAAAAGGCGGACGGAGGAGGCGUUUUAGUAGCGGUGUUGAAGAACCUAAGACCAUCCGAAAUUACUGUACCGAGUAGUUGCGUCAUGCACAGAUACUUGGAAUGCAUUAACGUGGAGAUUCCUGGUAAUAGAACGUUUGCUCGUAUUAUUUUUUCAGGCGUAUAUAUUCCACCUAGUUCCUACAUAGAAGCAUAUAAAAACUAUUUCGAAUCUUUGUCAAAUCUAAUGAAUGAAGUAAAUGUGGAUAAAUUUUACAUUAUCGGUGACUUCAACCUACCUCACGCAUCUUGGACUCCGAAUUCACAGGGUAAUGGGCUGUUAUGUGACGGUGUCACUCCUGUAACCUUGGAAAUGCUGAAUUUUUUGUCAACGUUAAACGCCGCUCAAUACAAUACUAUUCGCAAUUCUUAUAACCAAGGCAGAAUCCUAGACCUAGUUUUAUCAUCUAGCGAUUGUACCGUUGAAAAACCUGACGUUCCCCUACUUAAUGAAUCAAUUCACCAUCCACCGCUCAUAAUAAAAACAGCCGAACUAGGCCUUCCUAUCAUUCAGAAUAAUGUUCCCCGUUAUAAUUAUAGACAGGCUAAUUUUGAAGCCAUCAACGAAAGUAUCAAAGCGAUACCAUGGGAGGAACUAUUUCUAGACAAGAACUCCGAGAAAAUACUUGAAAUUUUCUAUGAACAAAUUUAUAGUAUUAUAAAAUCACACGUACCCUUAAAAGUAACUCGUGCCAAAUAUCCAACUUGGUUCUCACCUUCACUCAUUCGUAUAUUUAAAAAUAAAAACAAUGCCUGGAUAAAAUGGAAAAAGUACAACAAUAUCUCUGACUAUGAAACAUUUUCAAUCUUCAGGAAAAGAUUUAGUACCCAGUGUUCGAAAUGCUUUGCCACUUAUAAAAAGUCGGUGGAGGAUAGCGUGCGUUCAAAUAUCAAGUAUUUUUUCACAUAUGUUGCUAACCGCAAAGGUAAAUCUGGAAUACCUUCUACAAUGAAGUAUAAGUCCACACAAUCUAGCGAUCCGGAUAACAUAUGUAAUAUGUUCUCGGAGUUCUUUCAAUCCGUCUACGAACCAUCAUCACUAUGCUUGGAGAACUGGACCCCUCCUGAUGGCGAUAGUUGCAACCAGUUGUUAAUAGACAGUUUACAGU